AUGUCACACGUAGCAACAACGCAGCAAGGGCAAUGUCAUGCCCAGGACGUCGGCGACGGCAACCCCGUGAAAGAGGUAGCACCAUUUCUACGCAGUCUUCGCCGCAUGCUAGACACCGAGAGCCCAUACAUUGUGCGGUGGACACCCGACGGCAAUGCCUUUGAAAUUUACGACAUGGCCGCCAUGACAAACUACGUGCUCCCCAAGUACUUUAAGCACCACAAGUACGCCAGUUUUCAGCGCCAGCUCAACUACUUUCACUUUCGCAAAUGGACCAAGUCACGCGCGGUCGUGUGCACUUUCUCCAACCAGUUCUUCCAGAGAGACCAGCCGUCUUUAACAUGGCGUAUCACUCGCAAGCGCUCGCUGUCUCAAACAAAGGACUUGACUUCACGUAGUAAUGUCCUCAAGCAUGAAUGUCGAGCUCCGUUGGCUUUGCCCACACCUGGUCACUUACACUCCAAGCAGAUUGACUCUGUAUUAACAAUGCAAACGACAGCUCAGCGGGAGAUGGUCGAUGAAGACGUUUCGUUGGCUUGGAUCGACCUCUUAUAUCCAGAGCUAGACCUGGCUUUGCUGGACGACAAUGGUCCAAGCAAUACCGAUUACAUGUUUUCGUCAAGGCUGCUCUCACUUUAG